GCACGACGGGACAGAACAGAACAGAGCACGCGCUGCAAGCACGAGCUCUGUGUGUGCAGUGAAGUGAACUGCCCAGCAGCGAGCGAACUUGCUAGAGUGAGCCGCGAGUGGCGAACGACGAAAAGCCAGGAAAAGUGCAAACGGGCAGCGAGAAAACAAGGUUCAGGCCGGUCUACGGAGGAGUGGUCGGACGGACGGACGGAGGCUGCGAGCCAGCCGAGCCCAGAAGCCGCAGUGAAUGGAUCCGACCAUCGGCUGGUACCAACCUGAGCAAGAGGGGCCCGCCAAGAUUCUGUGGAGCCGCAUUUGGGACGACGCGAGCAAAAGACUGAACAACCUGAAUCUCAACAGCAUGAUGGAGUCGCGCGACUACAUCCCGCUGGAGAUUCGCGACGACCUGCAGCAGAUGGGCGGCGGACGCACCACCAACAACCAUCUGUACUGCCGCACCCGCAGGAAAGCCAACGAGAAUCGCGCCUCCACCUUCGGCAUGAACGAAAACCGCGACGAGCUGAUCGGCACCUACGGCGGCUGUCCCUGGCAGGCCGUGCGCAAAAACGUCCACUACAGUCGCGGCAUUCUGGGACUGCACGAGGAAGUGAAAGACUUCUACCUGUACAUGCUGCCGACCAUAGAGGAGCAAAAGAUGCGCGAGACUGUGGUGGAGGAAAUCAAACGAGUGAUCCUCGGUCUGUACCCGAAGGCGACGGUCGACGUGUUUGGCAGUUUUCGCACAGGCCUCUAUUUGCCAACCAGUGAUAUAGAUCUAGUGGUUAUGGGUGACUGGGAUGAGCUUCCUCUGCAUGCACUAAAAGAUGUCCUGAUCAAGAAUAAUGUUGCUGACGAGUGCGAUAUCAAAGUACUUGAUAAGGCAUCAGUUCCUAUUGUUAAAUUGACGGAGAAGAAGUCUGAAGUAAAGGUGGACAUCAGCUUCAAUAUGCAGAACGGUGUGCACUCAGCCAAGCUAAUCACUGAUUUCAAAGAGAGGUUCCCCGUGCUGGCGCCUUUGGUGAUGGUCUUGAAACACUUCCUGUUGGAGAGAGAUUUGAACGAAGUCUUUACCGGUGGCAUCAGUUCUUACAGCCUCAUUCUUCUCACCAUCAGCUUCCUGCAGCUUCAUCCAAGAGACAUGACGAUUGAGAAGGACGUUAACUUGGGAGUCCUUCUCAUUGAGUUUUUCGAGCUCUACGGUCGCAAGUUCAACUACUUGAAAACGGGCAUCAGGAUCAAAGGCGAAGGAUCAUACAUUUCUAAGGAGGAGAUUCAACGUGAUAUGGUUGACGGCUACAGACCUUCAAUGCUGUGCAUUGAAGACCCCCUGACCCCAGGCAAUGAUAUUGGUCGCAGCUCGUACGGAGCACUCAAAGUGAAACAGUCAUUCGAAUUUGCAUACACAACCCUUCUGCAAGCAGUGUCACCUAUGUGUCCGGAGUUCAUUAGCAAACACAGUAUUCUUGGUCGAAUUGUGAGAAUAACUGAUGACGUUGUGGAGUACAGACAACAAAUAAAACUCAAAUAUGCAGACAAGGCUGUGCCAGUAGUGAUACAUAAGUUGAACUCGUACCACAGGCAACAGCAUCAGCUCAAGCGUGUUUCGCAAGACUCGGAAGAGUCUUCGUCGGGCUCUGUUUAUUGCACAAGUGAAGGCAGCUCAGCUACUGGAUCUGCAGCAUCAGGAGACUCGGACUCGGAGGCUAAUAAUGUUUCAUCAAGCAACGGUCUGGAACAAAACUACUCUGCAACCAUCAAUUGCAAAAGCUCAAGGACUAACUCAGCUCCUCCUCAGAGAAGACCACAUGCAAUUCCUGCAACUCGAAACAAUGGCAACAGGAACCAAUUCCGCAUGCAGCAGAGUGUGACCAAAAACAGAGAGGAAAAAGAAAUUGGAUGCGUGGAAGUGAAACGCAUCCAACCAGUAGCCUCGAUGGGUCCGAAGGAAAAAGCUAAGGAGAAGCAAUCAAUGUCUCAGUCGUCGUCGUCUGCUAAUUCAAGCGGGAGUGAACAAAAGCCACAGAACAGUGCCCAAAAAUACCAAUAUCCUCCAAUGUCAAGGAAUCCUUCCUUCAAUCACGGGAACAUUCGCAGCAACAAUUUCAAGAGCAAACGGAAGAAGCAUAAUAAUGGACAGAGAAGAUCCGAUUCUCCUCCCCCUGUGAGACUUUGAAUUUUACACUUCCUAAAUCAAAAAAUUAAUGACUAUUUUAGGUUGUGACACUUAAGUAAGCAGUUAUAACACUGAUUUAUAUGUGUGUGUUGAUUUUCUGUAAAGAACAUUUCAACAAAAUUGCAUUACACCUCUUUAUAAGCGUGAAGAUAUCUAAUAUAACAAUAAUUUCCUUCUGUCUCUUUAUUUUUGCCUUUAAAUUGUAAUAAUUAUCAGAUGAUUUCAAUAAAAAAAAAACGACGAUGAGAAUGAAGGUUUGACGAGGAUGUUAUUUUUUAGUCCUGCGUCAAAUUAGGUCUUAUCCGCUUUCUGCUAGUUUUAUUGCUGUGCAAUGCCUUCAUUUUUCAGUUAUCAUUAUUCUGAUUAUCUGUAUUAUGCAAUAAUGUGCCUAAGUUUUAUGUACAAACUUUGGUCAAAGAACCAGUUAAAUAUUCCAGUGUCCUUGGGUCUUCUUGAUGAGGACACUUAACUUAUUUUUGUAGCAUAAAGAUCAAUAAAUUAGCAUUGGUAAUAACUU